UCGCGCGCCCAUGGCCAAUCCACUAUCCACAGAGUCAUCUCUCCCGCUCUCAAAUGAUUAUAUCAGCAACGAAGAAGGUUUUCUAGCUUCCUUCAGUGGAAGACAUGAAUUUUCUGAGGAUCCACAACCGUAGCUACCAGCCUCGAAUUUUACAUGUCGACCAACUUCCACAUCUUCGUCACCUCUCUGCAACAGUCCAAUUACCCUCGACACAAAGAUUGAGCCUUAUCAGUUCGUCGACCAUUUUGCCACUCUCUCUGCGUAAACCCACCUUCAAGUUUUCGAGUAUACCGAGAAUCAAUGCUUCGGUUGUGGAUGGGAAAGAGGAAGAACGCCAAGAAGAACGAGAAUCAGAAGAAGGGUUAUGCGAUGAUGGGACGGAGACGGAUUACUUGGCGCCUGAUGGUGAUGUCUACCGCAAUACGCUGAGACUGGUUGAAUGCUCUAUGUUUGCUGCUGUCACUGGUCUCGUCUACUUUUUGAGCAAUUCACUUUCGAUUGAGAAUUACUUCGGAUGCUUCUUUUCGUUGCCAAUUGUAAUAUCUUCACUUAGAUGGGGUGUGGCAGCAGGGAGAAAAACUAUGGUAGCAACUGCUAUGCUCUUGUUUGUGUUGUCUGGUCCUGUUAAGGCAUUAACCUAUCUGCUGACUCAUGGCAUACUUGGUUUGACAAUGGGCUCCUUGUGGAGCUUACAAGCAAACUGGACAGUUUCGAUAUUUGUGUGCACGAUAGCUCGAGCAACUGGCGCCAUGGGAUAUGUUUUCACGUCCUCAUUCUUAAUACGAGAAAACAUACUUGCUCUGAUUACAGUAAACAUCCACGCCUCUCUGAGUUAUGUGUUUGCUGCCACUGGCAUUAAUACCAUUCCAUCGAUGAAUUUCAUAUACACACUUUUCGGAAUUCUUGUGUUGAUAAACAGUGGAUUCUUUGUGUUCCUACUGCACCUCUUGUAUUCCGUGUUUCUAACUCGCCUUGGAAUGAGAAGUUUGUUGAGAUUGCCAGCAUGGCUUGACAGGGCCCUAUGAGUCAGUGGCUCUGCAGUUGUUAUCAGCAUCAUGUAUUACCACAAUCAAUUGCAUGUUGACUGCGAGAAUAUGAUGCAACUGCAAUUAUCUCGCACUACAGGUAGAUAGUUCUCCUUUUAGCUACUUUGGAGAGACACAUCACAGGUAGGCGGUUCAAUCUUGUAGAAGAAACUCAUGGGAAUGAAUUAAUUGACCUCCCUUUAUAAAGAAGUUCAAUCUUCUGAUAUAACAUUUUCAUAACCCAUGUAAAUUCCUCACUUUUCACAUCAGCCGUUGUAUUCUCUUACAAGGAGCUGGGUUUGUUUUACUCUUAUCUCUACCACUGAUCGCAAUGACUAGAUCAUCCUCAAGCCUAAAACUGAAAGCACGUUGACGGAGUAACAGAAAAUGGAAGCAGUAGAGCUGAUGAACAGCCCGAAAAAAGAGAAGUUAUACUG